AAACGAUGCGCACGUGGGGCUGUACAUGCGGAAACAUGCGCGUGAGCAUCAUGGAGGAGCACAGCAACAUCAUGGACACGAACAACAGUGAUUUUGAUGAUGAAGACUGCGAUCAGACUGACGAGAAUGACAAAAAUGAAGACGAGUUGACGCUGGAUGAUGUUUUGCGUUUGGGCGGGACAAAGGCAGAUUAUGUCAUGCUGGCUUGCCUCAGUGACUCUGCUGAGCUCAUCGAUGGUGGAAAGAAAGGUGCAAUUGAUGAUCUGGAGAAGGGAGAGCUGGAAGAUUUCAUAAAAAAGCUGGGCAUCCAUGCUUAUGCAGAGCAGCAAAUCAUUCGAGAUGAACAGGAUGAAACAUCCUCAGAACCACCCAAAAAAGAGAAAAAAAAGGCAAAAAGCUCCAAAAUGAAAGACGAUUCACAGUCUGAUGUGCAGAAUGCUGUUAAACCCACAACAGCAGAUAGGAAAACCCCUGUUCAGUCUACAGAACUUGGCCAACCUACUGGAAAGAAGGCCAAACAGAAACACACAAACUUGUUUGAGUUUGUUCCACGGCAAACUCUGCUUAUCAAACGUGGGGGCAAGUGGUUUGAUAUAGAGUACACCUCAGAGAGCACAUCUUUGGCUCAGAGUGAGUCACUGGUCUUACAGUACAAGGCUUUGGCUCAGAAACUCUAUCAGAAUGAAAUUGCCCUCUACAAAAACAAGAAGAACCUCCAGAAAGGUGCCAACUCUGCUUGGAUGAAGAGUGUAGUGUCUACAGGAACAUUGCCCGAUAGGAUGGCAGCUAUGACUGUGCUAAUUCAGGAUGCUCCGAUUCACAGUCUCGAGCACAUUGAGAACCUUGUGUUUCUGGUGAAAAAGAAAGGAAGUCGCAGACAAAGCCUUAUGGCCUUGGACACCCUUAAGGAGCUGCUCCUUACUGACCUUCUUCCAAAACACCGCAAGCUUCACACUUUCUCCCAGCAUCCUUUUGACCAGCUGGAGGAAAAAGCCAGUGGAAAUAGGGACGCCCGGGACCGCAGACUCAUCCUGUGGUACUUUGAGCACCUGCUGAAGCUUCAGGUAGCAGAUUUUGUUGCCUCACUAGAUGACCUGGCUCGCGAUACGGUCCAGACCACAAAAAUGCGUUCACUUGCCACCACCUACGAGCUGCUGUGCAAUCAGCCGGAGCAGGAGAAAGUGCUUCUUGUGCAGAUUGUCAACAAAUUGGGUGAUCCUGAAUACAAAAUUGCUUCCAAAGCCUCGCACCUGCUGGAAACGGUGCUUCACAAACACCCCAACAUGAAGACAGUGGUGUGCUGUGAGGUUGAGCGCCUCAUGUUCAGACCCAACAUCAGUUCCAAGGCUCAAUACUAUGCCGCUUGUUUCCUAAACCAAGUCAUUCUGAGCCAUGAGGAAGCAGACUUGGCUGCCAAGCUUAUCAACAUCUACAUCACGUUUUUCAAUGCAUGUGUUAAGAAUAAGGAUGUUGAGUCUAAAAUGCUCAGCGCUCUACUUACAGGAGUGAACAGAGCAUAUCCGUACGCAAAGAUUGGGGAUGACGAUGUGUGCAAGCAGCUGGGCACGCUUUUUAAAGUGGUGCACAUUGUCAAAUUUAACACUGCUGUCCAAGCCCUUAUGCUGCUCUUUCAGGUCAUGAACUCCCAACAGAGCAUUUCGGAUCGAUAUUAUGUAGCACUCUACAGAAAAUUGUUGGACCCGGGAUUAUCAUCAAGCUCAAGAAAGAGCAUGUUUCUCAACCUCUUGUAUAAAUCUCUAAAAUCUGACAUAGUGCUGAGACGGGUGAAAGCAUUUGUGAAAAGGUUACUUCAGGUCAGUUGUCAACAGACCCCUGCCUUUGCAUGCGGUGCAUUAUUCCUCGUCUCAGAGGUGAUGAAGAACAAGCCAGGCCUCAAGUUACUGCUCCAGGAAGAGGGGGAUGAGGAGGAAGAGGUGUAUCAGGACCUUGAAGAGGAUGACGAUGAUGACACUAUUGCUGAGGAGAAACUUGUGGAUACUGACAAAGAUGAAAAAAAUCAGAGCGUGAAACAAUGCCAGGUGAAGCCUACUGCAUCAUGGGUACAUCAUCAAAACUUGGGAGGUAGUCUAAAUAAGGUGACAUAUGACCCCAUGAACAGAAACCCUUUAUACUGCGGGGCAGAUCACACGGCCCUCUGGGAACUGCAGAAGCUGUCCUUUCAUUUCCAUCCCUCCGUGGCUGUCUUUGCUAAGACUUUAUUGCAGGGAGAGUUCAUCCUAUACACAGGGGAUCCGCUUCAGGACUUCACUUUUAUCCGAUUCUUAGAUCGUUUUGUAUUCAGGAAUCCAAAGCAAACUAAGGGAAAAAAAAACACAGAUGCUACAGUGAUGCAGCCCAAAAACAGGAGGACGUCCAACAAUAUUCAGUCAUUACCUGUAAACUGUGAGGAAUAUUUGGCCAAAAAGGAGAGUCAGAUACCCGUGGAUGAGGUGUUCUUCUACAGGUACUUUAAGAAGCGAGAUACAGAGACGCGGUGGAAAAGACCAAACAGAAACGAGGACAACGAGAGUGUGGAAGAUGUUGAUGAUGAUGAAUUUGAGCGGGUGCUUGAUGCUUAUGAAGGAGAUAGCUAUUUCCCUGAGUUCAAGGAUGAUGACUUGGACUUUGCAGGCAAUGUGAUGCCUAAGUCCAAGAAAGGUCGAGAUAAAGACGGAGAAGAUUCUGACGAUGACGAUGAAGAUGAUCUUGAUGAUGAGGAGAUAUCUUUGGGCAGCAUGGAUGAAGACUUUGAAGAUGAACUUGAGGAUGAAGGUGGAGAGUUUAUGGACAUAGAAGAAAAAGAGGAUGAUGAUGAUGAUGAUGCAGGUCCUCAACCUGCAAAGAAAAAGAAAGGAAAAAUGGAGGACCAGUCAGUGUUUGCAUCAGCUGAAGAGUUUGGCUGUUUGCUGGAUGAAAACACUAGCUUGAAGUUUGACAACAGUGAUAUGAAUGCAAUGGCCAAUACGGACAAAGCUGAUGUUAAGCAGCUGAAGUGGGAAGUUAAGCGUAAUGACUGGAUUCAUGGUAGAGAUGUCAAAACUCUGCGACGGAAAAAGGCCAUGUUCAACAAGAAAAAGUUUGGAAAGGCCACAAAGCUGAAGAGUGUCAAAAGGAAGAAGACCAAAAACUAGAAUAAUAAGUUUAUAAUCUCUUUCUCUCACUUGUUGGACCAGACCUCCUGAUCUGCUUCACCUGUGCCUUAGAUUCCUGUAUAUACCUGAUGGGGGGAAUGCUCGUUUCUAAAAGAUACUAGUUGUAAUGUGGUUUAAUCAGUAUUGGCUGUUUCAGACGUUUGCAGUGUUCAUCCAUAGUUUAGAAAAUGUUUUGUUUUACGCUUUGUUUUAAAAUGUUAAUAUCUUGUGUACAAUUUUUUGUUGGUCGUCAC